AUGGAAUCGACACCCAACCACACAAUAGAUAUUCUUGUGGUCGGUAGCGGCGCCGCUGCCUUGGCAGCCGCUGCGACAGCAAAGCAACUUGGUCUUCGCACAUUGGUUAUCGAGCAAAGCGAUAAGAUUGGAGGCACAACAGCGUAUUCUGGAGGCACCAUAUGGAUUCCCCAAAACUCGGUCUCCGAAGCAGCCGGCUGUAACGACUCCCGCGACGCUGCCCGACAAUAUCUGCAAGAUUCGCUUGCGCUUAGCGGAGGCCCCGGGCCGGAAUCCACCGCCGCGCGAAUUGACGCCUUCCUGACUGGCGGACCCGCGAUGGUCAAUUUCUUCCGCGGUCUAGGCCUUCGGUGGAGACAUUCUCCAAUCCCCGACUAUCACCCGGAGAUUCCAGGUGCCAUGGACGCAGGCGGGCGGACGCUAGACCCCUGUCCCUUCGACGCUGGGACGUUGGGACGCUGGGCUGAUCGUCUGCGCCGGCCUGGACACUCGGCACCGGCGGCUUACUUUCACGACUUCGUCGUUUUGACCAGGCCUUACGCGUCCGCCAUCGACCUUCUCACAGUAUGUUGGAUGAAGCUGCGGGCGUUAUUCCGGAGCAAAACCAUGACCAGGCCGACCUACAUGGGCAGCUCACUCGUCGCACAGCUGUUAGACAUCUGCCUU